UAUGCCCGUGUUCGGAUAGAGACUAUGAAUGGUUACAGAGAGAUGCGGACAAAUGCGGUACAACUAGAAGUUAGCUCAUACGAAUCUGAUGAGUCAAUUCGGAUAGAAAGAGCAUAUGUUGUUCCCAGUUUGCCUAAGAUUAAGCGAGUGGUACCAGAGGAGAAGCAGCUUCGAUUGUGGCAACAUCUGCAGGGAAUAGACCUGAGGAGAUGUGAAAGUAAGCGAAUAGGACUACUGGUUGGCUGCAAUGUUCCUGAAGCACAUAGAAACUUAGAACAAAGGUUAGGAAGACCGGAGGAACCGUACGCGAUAAAGACCAUAUUUGGUUGGACACUGAUAGGACCCCUUGGUACUCAUGUCACAAGACACAUAAAGCCAAAUCAUCUCAGUCUCUCAGAAAUUGAAAGUACUCUUGAAAGAUUCUACCAGCAAGACCUGUUAGAGGAAAGUCAGUCUAAAGAUAAAGAUUUAUCGAUUGAAGAUAGAACCGCACUCAGAAUCAUGGAGAAGUCUAUCACGUUAAAGGAUUGUCAUUAUUGUAUAUCACUCCCGUGGAAAGAUUCACAGUUAGAAUGGACGGAUAAUAAGUCGUAUUGUUUGCAUCGUCUGAACGCUUUACGCAAACGACUGUGUACCUCUAAAGAUUUAGCUAGACGCUAUGCGGAUGCAAUGAAAGAUUACCUUAUAAAGG